GGCGGGGAGAAUGGCUGCUGCCGGCACUGGGGAGGGUGCCCACGGGGUGGUGUAGGCUUCAGGGUCCUGGAUUCCCGCGCGGUUCUCUUGGACCCCACUGUGGGUUGCCAGAUAAAACACCGAACUCCCAGUUAAAUUAGAAUUUCAGAUAAACAGUCAAUAACUGUUUAGUCCAAAUAUGUCCCAAAUAUUGCAUGGGGCACUUGGGCUAAGGGAUUAUUCGCUGUUCCUCUGAAAUGUUUAGUCGGGUGUCCUGUAUUUUUACUUUUUCUGUCUGGCAACCCUAGUGCAGGAUGUGAAGGUGACUCUCUUUCCUAAAUGGCCAAAUCUUUUAUCCUAGGAACUGUGGCCAAGUUAUUCAUGUUGAUGGCGCCUCUGGCUAGGCCGAGGACGGUGCUUUCCCCUUGGCUGCUGAGACUGGCCUGGCGCCCAUCUCUGCUGCGCUUGCAUCCCUCUGUCUGGGUGUCUUUUCCUCUUUGUUUGAACUGGAAACUCUUGAUUAACGUUACAGUCCAAGCUAGAGACUCCGCUUGAAAAAAAAAAAAAAAAUGAAGGCCGCACUAAUCACUUGGUGUAACUACUGGACUUGACAGCUUCUUUAGGCCCCGUUGUGUUUUUUUUUAAUCUGUGUCCCUGGGUUAUAUAGCACUGUGUCUGCCUACUACCUAACACAUAGUAAGAGCUGCAUAAAUGUAGAAUAACUCGCGUCUGGUCCAUCCAUGUUGAAGUAAAAUGUUUAUUGUGUGCUCUUACUUCCUUCAUGGAUGCCCCUUUCCUUACUAGGUGAUAAACGUUUAUGAAGCUUAACUACAGAUUGAAGCAGAAGGGUAGGGUGCCUUCCUAAAACUUCCUGUCUUUUCCUUGAAAAGAAAGGCGGUGAUAUUUCAAAAUGCACUCCCACCACUUUUUACUACCCGAAAGUUCUGCUGAAAAUCUUGUUUCAAUAAUAAAUGCUGGAAUAGAUGGUUUGGAAAUGACAGUUAAAUGCCAGACUUGAGAUGAAAAGGACACCAAAUGGAUUGCUGAUUGAUCUCACCGAGGCCCUUUGUUAAGUCCAGGCAAGCACCUCCUAUCUAACCUCCUGUCUAACCUCCUGUCCUUCCAAACCUUUGGCUCCAGAAACUCAAUGUGCUUUUCUCUUAAAGCUACACCCUCCACUCUCUUCCCAAGUUGGCUGCAGUUUCCUUCCUUUCCUGCUCCUAACCUCUUCCUGAGAUAAGCACAGGCCUUUUUUGUUUUAAGGGCUUCCUUGCUAAUCUCUUGGGAAAUAAGGGAUAAUAAAGAUUGUAAACAUUGGGGAGUUGGAGAUGGAAGAAAUGUUACAAUGUUCAGUUGGUUUCAGUUCCCAUCUACCUUUCUAACUCCUCUGUUAUUCCUAAAGGUGACCAUUGUUACAGCUUCUGUAUUCUAAGUUUUCACACAGCACUAUGUAGCGCAGAUGCUCGUCAUCCAAGGAUAACAUGUACUGGAACAGGCCAUUUAGAAUGGACUUGUUUAAAACAGGACUAAACUUUUAUGCUAUAUGGGGGGGAAAAAAAAGUAAACACACAAAGCCAUUUAUCUUAUAUUUAACAACAUUUAACAACAUCUAAAUUUUAAAUACACUAACAGUAGAUGAAUUAAGUGUUGGAGAAAAUUUUAUAUGAAAAUUUGACUUUUGCAACGUAAUUAUUAAGAAUAUUUUUUUGAAUAUUUGAAGCUUCACUUCUUAAUCCGACUUUAUCCUUAGAUAUUUGAGUAAUUCUUUUGAAGCAUCUAAAUUAUUUUACAAGAUUUGCAAUUUUACACUGUGGUUAGUUUGUAUCAUUGUGUUGGAUGUUAUUCCAACAAUGUAUUGGGGCCUGGCUGACUGAAAAAGAUGAGAUGGAUGGGGAAAGGUUCUAGAGGUAAGCAGAGAGAUUUGACGACUUUAAAGGGAUCACUUUUUUAGUGGAUAUUUUCCUGUUACAAUGUAUACUCCAGCUCCCAGCAGCUGGGCUUUGUGUAAUAAAUACUGAGGUAAUGACGAUCCUUGUAAUCAGUAAAUAAUAAUGUCAAACAUUAGUCUACAUUUACUGUGUGUCAGACACUGUUCUCCUUUCUGUAUAUCAACUCAUUUAAUCCUCACAGAACUCAUUGAGGUCAAAAUGAUUCUUGUUCCCAUUUUAUAGGUUGGGAAGUUUAGAGCUAUGAACCACUGUGAUUCAGAUACAUUGCUGUUCUUGUUAGAUGCCUUGAGUCAGCCCCUGACUUACAGGACCCUCUGUGUUACAGAGCAGAGCUCCAUUUUAUUGUCUUGGCUGUAAAUCUUUACAGAAGCAGAUCACAAGGCCUUUUCUUCAGUGGAGCCACAGGGAUGGGAAGUAACAUAUCAUCGUCUUGGGGGAAGUCAGCAGUUGCUCCUAUGAACCAGAUCCAAGAAACAAUUUCAGAUAAUUGUGUGGUGAUUUUCUCAAAAACAUCUUGUUCUUACUGUACGAUGGCAAAAAAGCUUUUUCAUGACAUAAACAUUAACUAUAAAGUAGUGGAACUGGACAUGCUUGAAUAUGGAAACCAAUUUCAGGAUGCCCUUUUCAAAAUGACUGGUGAAAGAACUGUUCCAAGAAUAUUUGUCAACGGAACUUUUAUUGGAGGUGCAACUGACACUCAUAGGCUUCACAAAGAAGGGAAAUUGCUUCCGCUAGUUCAUCAAUGUUAUGUAAAAAAAAAGUCACAUAGGAAGAUCAUCAGAUGCAGAAAAGAGAAAUCUCUUCCUCAGAAAUGGCAUGAUGACCUUCUCCAGGGACUGGUCCCUCCUGAUAAGAAGCUCAAAGUUUGUGACAUGAAAUCUCGCCAUCCUCACUUCUGAGGAGCAUUCUGGCUGUACUUCUUCCA